AACUCACUGUCUUACCUCUUCUUUAGAUCAUCUAAGGUUUACGUGACUCUCGUUCAUGGCUUCCUUUUUCAGCCUCUUUGCCAUGGCAAUUAUGGUAGCAAACCUCGGGCCCUGCUACACAGCUCGGCAUCUACUUGAUACAACACCUGCUGCUGCACCCCCUGUUGUAUCGGCGGUCCCAACUUUGCCUAUGCCAAUGCUUCCAGCAGUGCCACCGGUACCUCCCACUACGAUACCAAUGCCCACGAUGCCAACAGUUCCACAAGUUUCAGUGCCGGGGGUGCCAACUAUUCCGAUGCCCACCAUUCCAGCAAUGCCAACAGCAGGAGUGCCACUGUCGGCUCCCAUUAUUCCAGCCAUACCCAAAGUUUCGCUGCCUCCUGUUCCUUCGAUUCUGACCACCCCUUCCAUUCCCUUCCUCAGCACUCCACCUCCUGCAGCAGCUCCAUGAUUCAUUGGGACUUUGAGCUUAAUAUAUGCAGUGUCUUUUAGUCUAUUACAGUAUGCCUUUGAGUACGAAUCUAGUCAUUACUAUGUCGACUUCGUGUACUAAUCUGCAUUAUGCAAUAAUACUUAAAUAAGUUGAUAUUUA